UUUUAACUUGCAGUUCAAACUUCAACGCCGAAUCUUUCUCUCACUCGAAUCCCUUUUCUGCUUUUCCAGGUUUAAUUCCUGGGAAGCAGGUGCGUCUCUUUCGGCACUUCCAUUGCUUCCAUCCACCAUGGAAGUCGCCAACAAGUCCCAAAGUCGCUUCACGCUGGGCAGGCAAUCUUCUAUGGCGCCGGAGCGCAGGAACUCCGGCGAUGACACUGGGUCGGAGGCGAUUCACUCGAGCGUGAGGUUGAUGUACUUGGCGAACGAAGGGGAUUUGGAUGGAAUCAAGGAGCUCUUGGACUCUGGAAGUGAUGUCAAUUUCAGAGACAUUGAUGGCCGCACCGCUUUGCACGUCGCCGCUUGUCAGGGUCUCACCGAUGUCGUUGAAAUGUUAAUCCAAAGGGGUGCCGAGGUCGACCCAAAGGACCGGUGGGACAGCACGCCUCUAGCAGAUGCAAUGUACUACAAAAAUCAUGAUGUUGCAAAACUUUUGGAAAAACAUGGAGCAAAAUCCCUGACGGCUCCAAUGCUUGUCCAAAAUGUUCGUGAAGUCCCAGAAUAUGAGAUUAACCCUUCUGAACUCGAUUUUACAAAUAGUGUUAGUAUAACAAAGGGGACUUUCCGUGUUGCAUUAUGGCGUGGCACUCAUGUUGCUGUUAAAACUCUUGGGGAGGAAGUAUUAACUGAUGAUGAUAAACUGAAAGCAUUUCGUGAUGAGCUUGCAUUAUUUCAAAAAUUACGGCAUCCAAAUAUAGUCCAAUUUUUAGGUGCUGUAACACAGAGCACCCCAAUGAUGAUUGUUACAGAAUAUCUACCUCAGGGAGAUCUUCAUGCCUACUUGAGAAGGAGAGGUGCAUUGAAACCAAUGACAGCUGUGAAGUUUGCGCUUGACAUUUCAAGGGGAAUGAAUUAUUUGCAUGAGCAUAGACCAGAAGUGAUUAUACACCGAGAUCUUGAGCCUUCAAAUAUAUUGCGGGAUGAUUCUGGGCAUCUGAAAGUUGCAGACUUUGGGGUUAGCAAGUUGCUUAAAGUUGCAAAAACAGUCAAAGAAGACAAACCUGUGGCUAGCGAGGAUACUUCAUGGCGCUAUGUUGCUCCGGAGGUCUAUAAAAAUGAGGAGUAUGAUACGAAAGUGGAUGUUUUUUCGUUUGCUCUAAUAUUACAUGAGAUGAUUGAGGGCUGUCCACCAUUUCCUACAAUGCCAGAAAAAGAAGUUCCUAAAGCAUAUGUGGGAAACGAGCGUCCACAUUUUAAGGCUUCACCUAUGGCGUAUGCGCAUGGACUAAAAGAGUUAAUUGAGGAAUGUUGGGAUAAAGAACCUCACAGGAGACCCACGUUUGGACAAAUAAUUGAGAGAUUGGAAAACAUCAGCAACCAUCUUGCACAGGAAAAGCGCUGGGAGGAUUGUACCUGUAGUUGCUUCCAGAAUCUGAGGACCUUGUUUCAGCGAAAUCGGACAAAUCCAGGUAGCCGAUCAUCUCGAUCAAGAACCAGAUGAGCAAGAAACUGCAGUUGAAAGCAAGCAGAGUUGAGUUCUUGAGCGCGCGCAUACAUAGAUUUUGGAAUAACACAAAUCCCUUCAUGGUAUAAACCAUGUGUGGUGUGUUGAUCUUCAAUUGAUAGUUGUGGUCUUCAUGGGAAGCCAACUUAUCCUUCAGAUAAAAUUGUUAAUAGGUGAGUUUUGACGCGGUAGAUGAAUGUGUAUGAAAUAUGUGCAUGUAUGAGGGUGUUACAUAAUAAGUUUAACGAGGCACAUGGCCAAAGGCUUUUUUUUUUUUUUUUUUAAUCAAUGGUUUAUAAGAAAUGCCUUCGUUGAGUGGAUUUCUUUC